CAUCUAGACAUAGAUUUUUCGACAGGGGGUUCCAACUGCGGCGGUGGUUCACUUCGAUCCUCGGACACCCCGGACGAGCUGUCUCUGUCCCCGGGGGGCUGUCCGACACCCUCGUCCGGAGACCCGGACUCCGAGCUCUCGUACACUGUCGGCGUGACAGAGAACACGCCGUAUGGGUGUCAGUUCUGCGACAAGGCCUUCCCGAGGCUCAGCUAUCUUAAGAGGCACGAACAAAUUCACAGUGACCAGAUGCCUUUCCGCUGUGACUAUUGCCAGAGGCUUUUCAAGCACAAGCGCAGCCGCGACCGCCAUGUUAAGUUGCAUACUGGCGAUCGAAAAUACCGCUGCUCCCAAUGUGAAUCUGCCUUUUCCCGGAGUGACCACCUCAAGAUUCACAUGAAAACGCACGACAAUGGCAAACCUUACCAAUGUACGGUCUGCAACAGAGGUUACAACACGGCUGCAGCACUUUCUUCUCAUAUGCAGAAUCACAAGAAAAGCGAGGCCAACAUGGCGGAUAAUCAAGGAAAUGUUUCAAUGGUUCAUACUCAGAGUUUGUCAACGAAUUCUGUCGGCGAGAAUCAAGUAGACAAGGAGGGACGCGAGAAUGAUACUCCAGACCCCCCAAAGCCCUUGCUGUGCCAUUUCUGUCCACAAGUCUGUUCUUCUCCAACUGCCCUCGGUGACCAUGUACUGCAAAGCCACAGGUCGUUCUCGUCUUCUUCCCCAUUAUCAGACUCUCCUAGAUCGUCAAGAUGCUACAAAUGCGUGGAAGAGUUGUCCUCCCCGAAUGCAGUCUGUCCUCACAGAAAGCUAUUUUCAGAAAAUGAUACCGAAAAAUCCUGCUUAGAAAACAACAACAGUGGAGGUAAAAUAACAGAACGAUUCUCACCAAGCAUGAAACUGACAUGCGGAUUCUGUUCCAAAUCUGACUUUCCAAGUUUCGAAUCACUACAGCUGCACGUGCAAGUAUUGCACGUUCCAACCGGCGGGUCUGAAAGCUCCUUAGCUACUUCCAUCAGAUCACUACAAUCAUUGUUGCACAAACAGCCACAGAAUUCUCAAAACGAUCCAUUUCUAGGUUAUCCAGGCAUCGACUCUGAGUCAGGCUUCACUGCACUACACAUGCUACAAAAACACGCUUCUUUAAGUGAGGGAUUGAUGCUGAAGCGUCCCAAUGACAUCUACUGUUCCCAGUGCAACAUCGGGUUCACUUCGUCCGCAGCACUUUUGGAUCAUGUUCAAUUAGUUCAUGAAAACACAAGUGGUGUUGUUCCAAGGCCGCCUUCCUCUCCCUUAAGCAACCACUCAACGAAAAGGUCUUUAACCAGCUCAAGGCUGAGACCAAACGGAGCAAAGCAUUUCAAAGCCUCCCCUGGAAUGGGAGCCCCUGUGUUUAAUGGUAGCACAAGUUCACACUACAGAAGACAAGAUCCUGGUGGAGGUUCAGCAAACCAUAAUACUGGUCCAAACACGCCAAGCGGUGCCAACACUCUUCUAUGCAGUCAAUGCAACGCCGGAUUUCCAGACUUUGAGUCUUUCCGUACGCACUUGAAGAGCCACCUCGACGCUGCAGCAGCGGGAAAAAAUCCGGCCCAUUCAACCGGGACCCCAUCGAAUUCAGUACCCCACAGUUUUUCCUGUUCUGAGUGCAGUGCCGAAUUCGACAACGAGCCCCUCCUGGACGCGCACGUUGCCGGACAUUUCUUGUCUUCUACUACAGAAUACGGGUGCCAAUCAUGUCUCAAGUUGUUUGCGAAACCGGAUGAGUUGCAGAAACAUUUGAUGGAUGUUCAUGCUUACCAUCUCUACCGAUGUGCACUUUGCAAGCAGAUCUUCGACUCGAAGGUCAGUAUACAAGUCCACUUUGCUGUUAAACACAGCAACGAAUGCCGAUCGCUUAAGUGUACUUCCUGCAGCGCGUACUUCAGAACUGAGAUAGAAUUUCAAGUCCACGUGAAACUGGCGCAUCUCUCCAACAAAACUUUCGGAACCAGCAGUGGAGGCACUUCCUACAGGUGUCUGCUAUGUGAUCAGCUGUUUCCCAACGAAGUUCAACUUCGAUACCAUGCAUCUACUCACAAGAAACAAUACUCGUGCAGUGCCUGUGGUGAGGCCUUCCAUGUUGAGUUCCUGCUCGACAGACAUAUUCAGACUGUGCAUCAGGGAUCGGUUGUGACGUCAUCGCCACCCCUGCACCAUCCAUUCAUCGGUCUAAGAAACAACAGUCCCAUUUCUCCUCCUUCCAAUUUGUCUCAACAGACCCCUGAAGAAGCCCAAAACUUGUGCACAAAGAAGCCCACCAAUGGGAAUAGGGGCGACUGCAUGCAUGGCCACCAUUCUGUGGAUUCCUCUGCUGCCCCAACAACGGCAACGUCACCUCCCGUUACCACCUCUCCAUCCGGCCACCGAUGUGACAUUUGUGACGUCACCUGUCCUUCCGAAUCAAGCCUGAUGACUCAUCGACGGCAGGUUCAUCAUAUCAGAACACACAAAGACCAGCAGCAUUCCAGCAAAUCAGGAAAUGGGUCGUCUGGCUUGAGCUUAUUCUGUGCAUAUUGCAAUGAAUCCUGCAAAUCACGCGCCGAAUUGGAGAACCAUAUGAAAGCUCAUACCGCCACACCAAGCAAGCACAAGUGCAAUAUUUGUGACGAAAUGUGUCCCUCGGCCACAACGCUAGCAGAACACAAACUCACGCAUUGCAAGGUCAUUUCUGGAAGUACGUGCAUUGUAUGCAGGGUUCAACUCUCAAACGAAGACCAAUUUUUAAGCCAUAUACAGCAACACAGCACAUCCGCACCUAAUGGCAAAGGAAACGGCCUGCCCGUUCCUUGUGUUGUAUGCAGACAGACUUUAGUUGUUGAUGUUGAAGUUCGAAUGCAUGCUCGAUUCCAUCUCAAAAACGCAUCCUUUGAACCUACAUUGGGUACUCCGGCCCCUUGCUGUGUCUGUUCCAGAAUGUUCGAUCCUGGCAAUCUGAUCAUCCGAUCGUCUGGUAAAGCAUCCGAUUCCCUUCCUCCUCAUACGUACAUGUGCAAAGACUGCUUCCAUUCCAAAGGGGAUGCGGACACAGGAGUUCCCAGGUGUUCGGACUGUAAUGUGAAAUUCGAAUCUUUUGGUGAUUUGGAUGUCCAUCGAAGAACUGUUCACUACCAGAGGAACGAUAAAAAGACUUACCAAUGCAUAAAGUGUCAAAUGUCUUUCGAAUCAGAAACCGACAUUCAAGCUCAUGUUACCUGCCAUGUGCUGAAUGAGGGAACGCACCAUGAAUGCAGACUCUGUCAUGAGGUUUUAGAUUCGCCCUCGAAACUUCAAUGCCAUCUGAUAGAGCACACCUUUGAGGGUAGUUCCCACUAUACGUGCUACUUGUGCGCCUCCGUGUUUACUGGACCUCACCUACUGCAGCGCCACAUGCUGGAUCAUGGUCUGGAAGCGCGACCGUAUGACUGUCCUGAGUGUCAGCAGAAGUUUUUUUUCAGAGCAGAGCUCGAGAACCAUUCGUUCGUACAUGUAUGGGAAAACGUCAACAGGCUAUCCUCAUCCAAUGCCGUGACAAAAGGGACUGGUAACGGUGAAAGGUCUAGUUUAUUAUACGAAUGCUCAAAAUGUCCAUGUGUAUUUGGAAACGCCAUUGAUUUAGGUAAGCAUCAGCGUUCUCAUGGUCAUGAUGUUACCAUCAAGCAAGAAUCAAUCGACCGAAUGAGUAAUGUUUGCCCUACCUGUGGAAUGGAAUUCAACUCUAAAGAUGACUUGAGAGGUCACAUGAUGUUAAUCCACUCUUCGACGCCAUUAAGAGAAGCGUUCGCUUCUGACAUUAAGCCCGGGAUGGCCCGUCAUGAUCUUUAUAAUUUUGAAGAAGAAAAACAGCCAGAGGAGAAUUCCAGUAAAGGCGUCCGAGAAAAGAAAUCUUUUGAGUGUCCUGUUUGUAAGAAGCAGUUCACGAGAAAGGAAAAUCGAAAAUUACACAUGAAGACACACCAUCAAAACCCUGGUCCAAAGACGUUUUCAUGCAGCCAUUGUGACAAAGUGUUCCUCAAGCGAUCCCAAGUUAAGGACCACAUGAGGACACAUAUCACGUCAACUACACAUCCAUGCGAAAUAUGCGAUGAAUCUUUUCCGUCCACUUCUCUUCUACGGAGACAUCUUAAAGACGUUCACAAAAGGAAAUACGAGCACACUUGCAUCGUCUGCUCCGAACUGUUCGAUACCAACGACCAGCUAGAUGCUCACUUGAACGAGGAGCAUCAGGUUAGGGUGCAGGAGAGGCUUGCAGACGAUUCCUUGAAAAAUAAAUCCGAUUCCCCGCCUCCUUCUCCAGAGCCUUCAGCUGCUGAAAGUACUAACCAGGACACUGCAUUGACUUCAGAAAUUCCAAGAGAUUCUUCUUUAGAACUCGGUAGAAGGGAAGAAAGGACUAGCAUGCCAACAGAAGUAGCAGCAUGA